UUCUCCUCUUUACCUUUUUUUUAAAGAAAGAACAAUAACACCACGUACAUACACAUCAUUGCUGUGUGUGUUAGCACUUUGCUGCACGUUCCUUCCUUGAAACCUCAACCACCCUCUUUCUGUGUCUUUCCUAAAUAAAAGGGUACCCAGGUACGAAGUAUUGGGUUCCAUGUCUUGUAAUUACUGGCUACAUUGUAUGUAGUUUGGUCGAUAAAUUGUUAAAGAACGAGACAGGGGAAAAGGAGUUGCAUGAUAUAAUACAUAUUCUUGAUUUGGAGAAACGAAGAAGAAAGAAACAAUAAUAAUAUGUUGCAGAGAGCUGCAAGCAAUGCUUACUCAUGGUGGUGGGCAAGCCACAUUCGAACAAAGCAAUCCAAAUGGCUCGAGCAGAACCUUCAUGACAUGGAAGAUAAGGUUCAAAGCGUAAUCAAACUCAUUGAAGAAGAUGGAGACUCUUUUGCCAAGAGGGCGGAAAUGUACUACAAAAAGAGACCAGAGCUGAUACACUUCGUCGAAGACUCUUACCGGGCUUAUAGGGCAUUAGCUGAACGGUAUAACCACUUAUCAACAGAGCUACAAAAUGCCAACAAUACCAUUGCUUAUGUUUUCCCAGAAAAAGUCCAGUUUGCAAUGGAAGAAGACGAAGAUGAAGCCCCAUCAUCUAAAUUUGAAAAUAAGCUAGCAGAAGUCUCGAGAGCAAAUAUUCCGAAGGUUCCGAAGAUUCCGAAAGAUGUAAAGGGUCUCUUCACACCUGGUUCGAAGAAGUUGCAAUCAAAGAAGUCAAUGAAGGGAGCAAGUAAUGCUACAGUUUCUAAGUCUGGUUUGAGCAAAUCAGAAGGCCUCCUGGAGAUUGACAAGAUUCAGAGACAAAUCCUGGCUCUACAAACUGAGAAAGAGUUUGCGAAGAGUUCUUAUGAGGGCGGACUUGCGAAGUAUUGGGAAAUUGAACUGCAAAUCAAGGAAAUGCAAGAGAAGGUUUGUAAUUUGCAAGAUGAAUUUGGUGCAGGCAUUGUCAUUGAAGACGAGGAAGCUCGGACGCUGAUGGCGUCGGCAGCCCUGAAAUCAUGCCAAGAGACAUUGGCUCAAUUGCAGGAGAAACAAGAGAGAUCUGCAGAAGAAGCAGUAGAAGAGCGCAAAAGAAUUACCAAUGCCCGGGAGAAGUUGAAGUCUCUCAAGGAUGAGUUUAUGCAUGGCGAGAUCAAUCCAGAAAAUCCUCGAGCCAAAGAUGACCCUAUAAAAGCAGUGGAAGGAUUGGAAAGCAUACACGAACAAGUGAGAGGUACAACAGAAGAGAAACAGGAUAUAGAGAUGUUGCGUGAGAAGAUUAAGGAAAACCUCGAUGUUGGGUCUAAUGCAAGUGUCACUGCAGCAGAACUUGUUGAGAAGAUCGAUGAACUUGUAAACAAGAUCAUUAACUUGGAAGCUUCAGUUUCAUCACAGACAGCUCUUAUACAGAGGUUAAGGACGGAGACAGAUGAGCUACAAGCAGAAAUUCGAACUUUAGAAGAAGACAAGGCAACAUUAAUCAAUGGAAAAAAUGAUUUGAGGGAACAGCUAAGUGAAAUGGAGGAGAAGUUGCAUGGAAUCCAGAAUCUAAAUCAGAGUGUCGAGGAUCAGAAUAACAGUCUCCAUGCACAUUUUACUGAAGCACAUUCUAGUAUCGAUCACCUCUCUGCGAAAUUACUUUGUGUAAAAUCAGAUGAUGAAUUCGAUGUCAAACCAGAAACAAUGUACAGAUCUCUGGUAGAAGUUGAAUCUCAAGAAGCCGCACUCAAUCCCGAUGAUAGCAUUGAGAAACCGCGGAAUGUGAAGACAAAAGAGCAUCUCAAGGUUUCAGGUCAGUCCCACGAAGACUUCAAGGGGUCAGAAGGUGCACUGAAUCCUGAUGAUGGUCUUGGGGAACAACAAAAUCAGAAGCCACACCAUGAGCUCAAGUUUUCAUAUUCUUCACAGAAAGGGAAGGAAACUCCUGCAGAAGUCAGUUGGUUAGCAGAUUUCAAGGAACAAGAAGAAAAAACGAACGAUGCUGAUGGUUCCAUGAACUUCACAGAGAAUCAAGGAGAAAAGGAGGAGAUAAAAAAACAUGGGCAAAAUUCAAGUCAACCCCAGAAAACUAGAGACCUCAACAAUUCCAUGGAGGAACUUCCUGGCCUGGAAAUUGAAGAAAAAAUUCUUAAGAAAGAUUCACCUUCUUUGAUGGAUGAUCUCAAUGUUGAAAUACAGGAACAGGAAACAACGCUAGUUGACGAGCCGGACUGGAAGCAGUUGUUCAUGAAUGGUAUGGAGAAUAGAGAAAGAGCUCUACUUACGGAGUAUACUUCAAUCCUUCGGAAUUAUAAGGAAGUAAAGAAGAAGCUUAGUGAAGCAGAGAAAAAGAAUGGGGAUAGCCUCUUUGAUGCAACGGUGCAGGUAAGAGAACUGAAGAGUGCUAAUGCAAAGAAGGAUGAACAGAUUCAAUUUUUACGUCAGAAGCUGAUCCUUCUUCAAGCAGGUUUGGGUGAAGAUAGUGAAUUAAUAAAAUCGACGGUGACAGAAUGCCCAACGACAGAGAAAGAAGUAACAGAAGAUUUAAUGGACCAACCAGAAACUAUUUCCGAAAUCGAAAAACGAUUCCGGAUGAGCAUUGAUGAAGUUCUAGAGGAGAACUUGGAUUUCUGGUUAAGGUUCAGUACUGCAUUCCAACAAAUACAGAAAUUUGAAACUGAAGUCCAAGAUUUACAGUCUGAGCUGCUCAAAUUAGAGGAAAAGAAAAGGAUGGAAGAUGGAAGUAGUCAUGCAGAAUAUUCUCUGAAAUCGGAUGCGAAGCCUCUAUACAAGUACCUCAGAGAGAUACACACUGAACUGACGGUCUGGCUAGAGAAAAGCAUGCAGCUGAAAGAUGAAGUGAAGGGCAGAUUUACAUCCUUGUGUGGCAUUCAAGAUGAAAUAACGUCUGCUUUGAAGGAGAGCGCUGAAGAUGACGAGUUCAAGUUUACAAGCUAUCAAGCUGCAAAGUUCCAAGGUGAGAUUUUGAACAUGAAACAAGAGAAUAACAAGGUUGCAGAUGAAUUGCAGGCAGGCUUAGAUCACAUAACGACACUCCAGCUUGAAGUUGAAAGAACAUUGGCAAAAUUGAACGAGGAAUUCAAGCUUUCCGGAUCAAAGAACCGUCAAAAUAUCCAGCUGUCACACUCAGUAAGUCGAUCUCGAGUUCCUUUGCGGUCAUUCAUCUUUGGCACCAAACCCAAAAAGCAUAGGACUUCCAUCUUCUCUUGCAUGCACCCUGCACUGUAUAGGAGACAUUUUAGAUCAGGACCUAAUGCAUAAAUUAGUUCUAUUUGAAUUUCUGGCUGCUUUUAUAUUUUCGGAUGAGUUCAGUUCUUUCGUAUCCAUUGUUUUUUUCCAUGUAUUAUUGUAUUCUUUCAGAAGCCAAAGCUUCCUUUCCUGUUUUAUCUUUAUCAGGGUAUGUUAUCUCUGUGCCAUGGAUGCUUACCAUUAAUCAAUCAAAACAAGAAGAAUUUUUAA